AUGUUACCGAGCUAUCUGAAGGAGCAGACGUAUGGAUCGUACACCUCCAGAGAGGAGUCGUUCGAGGAAGCACCGACGAGCCCAGAUCAACGUUCGCAUGCACUGAAACGGCGCCCACCUGCAAAAAGGCUGCGAGCGGUAUCUUCAAACUGCGCUGAAGCCGAAGUUGCGGCCGUCGCAACUGCAGACGUCACCGAUGCAGCCGAAGAAGAAAUUCACGAGGAAGUACGAACUGUAAAUCGCCUUGGCGGUGCUGAUGCAGAAUGCCUAACUGAGCACGCCGUUUGCUUUGCCUCAGAGCUGCAAAGGGUGAAGGACCAACUUCGCAGUGUGAAGCAACAACUUCAUUCGUGUCAGCGGAAGCUCGCAAAAGCGAAGGCGCAGGCAAAUGAAAAACGUGGCAUGCAGGAAACCAUUCAGAAGCUAUCGGGCCGCGAGAUGCUCAUUAUAGAUCAGUGCAUCAUGAAGGCAAACAUGAAGUCAACGAAUUCAGUGCGAUUGGUACCCUGGCAGUUCUUUUGGACGAUAUACUACUGGAGGCGGCUGAGUGCAUGCAAGAUAUCAAUCGUCCGGAGUCAACGAAGGACUGCAUUUUGGACUACCUUGGUGGCUAGAUUGCAAGAAAGUUUACUAAAAUAAGCUGCAAGGACUGCCUCCAAACACUGAGGAGCACCUCCCGAAAGCCAAGUG